AUGCGCCCUGCUGUCUGCACGCCCCCACGGGGGCUGAAAUCGAAGCCAGACCCCGGGGAGCACUGGCGUUGCUGCAGGUGGUUUCGCACCCCUGCAGCCGUCACCCUGUGGGUGCCUCUUCCCCUUCCUGCCCCCCUUGGGGGUGGUCCGUGCUCCCCUUUCACACGUGAUGUGGGGCCUCCUCUGCUGCCGGUGUGGAGUGCAGCAGCAUCGUGUCACUUCGGCAGAGGGAUGGGGGUGAGGGGCAGCCCUGGGGGGCUGCUGCUGCUGCUGGUGGUCCUCUCUUUGGCUGGGCUGGCGCAGGGCUGGCUGCAGCCAUCGGUUAUUGGGGGACACGAAGCCAGACCCCACUCCAGGCCCUACAUGGUGUCCAUCCAGUUCGGGGGGGUUCAUGCCUGUGGGGGUGCGCUGCUGCACAAGCGGUGGGUGCUGACGGCCGCCCACUGCUUCCCUCAGCCGAUGAGGGCCAGCGGCACGGUGGUGGUGGGGCUGCACAGGCUGCAGGAGCUGGGGGUGGACACGCAGACCUUCCCCAUCCGGAUGGCCUGUCCCCACCCUGGCUAUGACCGACAGACAAUGGAGAACGACCUUCUCCUUCUCCAGCUGGAGGGGAAGGUGGCACUGAGCAGGACACGGCGGGUCAUCGGGCUGCUGGGCCAGGAGCCGGUGGGGGGGGCAGCCUGCAGCUUGGCAGGCUGGGGGCGCCGGGGGCGCCGGGGGCUCUCGCCCACGCUGCAGGAGCUGGAGGUCACGGUGCUGGACACGCAGAUGUGCAACAACAGCCGCUUCUGGGACGGCGGCAUCAGCCCCACCAUGAUCUGUUUCCAGGGGCACUGUCGGGGCUCAGCACCCUCCAAGCCACCGGUUGCCACCUCGGCUGUGAAGCACAAGAAAUGGAUCCGGAAAACGCUGCGGGGGGGCUGCGGCUCCCCCCAGGCCCCAGCGCAUGGGACAGACAGACCACCCGUUCCUAUUUACACAGCGCCCUAGCCUGGUGACACGACCCUGUGAGCAGCCCCCCUGACCCGAGCCCGCUGGGACUCCUGCCGCCUGGCUCCUCCCGAUGCCACCUUGAACCUCUGCAAGCACUAUGGCUGCAGGUUGCCCAUUAGCAAUCAGCUGUGCACCUUAAUUAGGCACCUCCAGCAGCACAGCUGGGGAGUCCUGACCCCUGUCUCCCCAUGGCCACGUGCUCUCCCCCCCACAAAGCCUCUCCCUGCGUGGAUCCAGCCGUGCGUUCCUUUCCCCCCCCCCGUUAAUAAAUGAGCUGUGAUUGCUGGCAGA